AUAUAUCCUUGUACAUGUUUAUGUUUUUACCUACACUCUUCCCUUAUCUAGUUACAUAUACUGAAACUUAGUACUCAUUUUUGUAUCAUGGCGGUAGACCUUGGAUUUUUACUCUCAUGGUUUCCUUACAGUCCUUACAUCAUCCUCCCUUGCCUCACGUUCCUUAUCUUCUUCUAUAACAGUAAGAAGUCUACUUCACCAUCUCCGACUGAUAUAUUUCCGAAAUCAUACCCGAUAAUCGGUUCUGUGUUCGCUCUUCUUGCAAAUAGAGACAGACAUAACCAAUGGGCAGCUGAGGUUCUUAAUGUUUGUCCGACUAACACCUACGUGCUUCGGUACAUCGGUAUGGUUAUUGUAACCACUGCUUAUCCUGAUAAUGUUAAGCACAUUCUCAAGUCUAACUUCUCUAACUAUCCAAAAGGUGGAGAGCUUAGAGGCAUCCUCAGUGAUUUCCUAGGAGAUGGGAUAUUCAAUGCAGAUGGUGAUAGCUGGAAGUUUCAGAGACAAAUAUCAAGUCAUGAAUUCAACUCUACUUCUCUUCGUAAGUUCAUCGAAGAAGUUGUUAAGAUCGAGAUAUCUGACCGGUUAGUUCCUGUUCUCUCGAUGACAGCUGAAAAGAACACCGUGCUUGAUCUUCAAGAUAUCCUCCAGAGGUUUGCUUUUGAUAAUAUUUGCAAGAUUUCCUUUGGGUAUGAUCCAAGCUACCUUUCACUGUCGCUCGAAAAGAAAACGGAAUUUGCAGUUGCGUUCGAAGACGGUACCAGAAUAAUGAGUGAACGUAUCGGUCAUAUUUUCCAUUUAUAUUGGAAAGUUAAGCGGUUUCUCAACAUAGGAUCAGAAAAGAGACUAAAACAAGCCACCGCAACGAUCCGGGAAUCUGCAAGAAAAAUUGUUAGGCAAAAGAAAAACGAACUCAAAGAGAAAUCUUCUCUAGAGACUACUGAUCUCCUGUCAAGGUUUGUUAAAGACGAUAAACUAGACGAAGAUUUCGUGAUUGAUAUUGUCAUAAGUUUCAUUUUAGCAGGACAAGACACGUCUUCAGCGGCCUUGACAUGGUUUUUCUGGUUGGUUUCAUGCAAUCCCCAAGUAGAGAAGGAGAUUCUUAAGGAGAUAAGCCAAAUAGCUGAAGAACCUGGUUAUGAUGACAUCAAGGACAUGGUUUACAUUCAUGCGUCACUUUGUGAGAGCAUGAGGUUGUACCCUCCAGUCCCGUACGAUAGUAAAGAAGCAGCAGGUGAUGACAUUUUUCCAGACGGAACUAUUAUAAAGAAGGGGGAUCGAGUAUCAUUUUCUAUUUAUGCCAUGGGUAGGAUGGAUAACUUGUGGGGUUUGGAUUGCAAUGAAUUUAAGCCGGAGAGAUGGUUACAAAAAGAUAACGCGACAGGAAAAUUAAGCUUCGUGAGCAAGGAUUCUUUUGCGUAUCCGGUAUUUCAAGCAGGUCCAAGGAUUUGCUUGGGUAAAGAGAUGGCGUUCUUGCAAAUGAAGAUGAUAGUAGUAGAAGUUUUUCGCCGAUUUCGAGUGGUUCCAGCUGCUGUGGACGGGAAUGAUUUUGCGCCAGAGUUUAAUUCGUACUUGACUUCAAAAAUGAAAGGUGGCUUCCCCGUUAAGAUUCGAAAGAGGACCGCAUAAUUAAGUAUCUUAAUAAGUGUGAUUUUGAGAGCCUGCCAGCGUUUAGAAUUAUUAUAGACAUAAAGAUGACUUUCUUUUAUAUGUUUUAGAGUCUUAUGAGGUCAGUCGACUGUCAAUCAUGUCAGUUAUGUGUUCUGUUUAUUAUACUUUGUCCUUACCGUUAGAUUUUGUUACCGUCGUUGCUCUUGACGAGCUGAACUUUGUUUUCAUCUUGCAGUCACAACAUCUGUUGGAAAUUUUGGAUUAAACAAGAGGAUGAAAACAGAAACAGAAAAUGGUGU